AUGACAACAUCAAUAGAUCCAAGUGUGGAUGAAUUAUUAUUAUUACAAGAAAAUCAAUAUCGUAUACAAAAUUUUGUUUUGGCAAAUCUUAAACCAAUUGGAGCAGAACGUAAGAUUGGACAACCAUCAAAUACAUCAACUCAAUUUAUAUCUCCAACAAAAUCAUCAUUAUUAUCAUCGCAACGAAUGAAUAUAGAUUUUACUUCAAGAGAUAUAGAAGAAAAUAACAAUUUAUUUGAGAUCCCAUCAUUUAAUUCAUCUAUUGAACCAUCAACAAUGUCUAUUUAUGAUAAUUUUCAUUUUUCUUCAAUUGAUGAACCAAUAAUUCACGAAACAAAUAAUGAUUUAGAAUUAUUAACUUACCAUCCAUUUUAUAAUUAUUCAUCAAGUUUAGCAUCAUCAACAAAUGAUAGUUCAACAACACAUUUAUUCGACAAUUAUAAUUAUCAACGACAAAUAUCAUCAUCAUCAAUUGUUCAACAAAAAGUUAAUCAAUCAACUUCAACUCAAAUACAAACAGAAAAAACAAUACCAUCAUUUUAUGUUCCACAAACUUAUUCAACUAAUCAAUUUUUUAUUCCAAAUUCAUGUCAACCAUAUUCUAGAAAUUCAUUUAUAAAUGUUUGUCAACAAACACGACCUGUAUUCACAAGUCCAUUUCAAUGUACACGAGAACGUUUUCAAGUUAAUUCAAUAGGACGUCCGAUUUUACGUGCUAACAAUUAUACACGUUUUUCACAAAUAACUGGUUUCAAAUUUCGACGAUAA